GGCCCGAGAAGUCGCAUCACGCAUUCUUGCUCCGAGCUGAAUUUGGGCAUGGUGGAUACGGAUGUGGUCUUGGGUGGUUGGCUUUUCUCUCAGAGACGAGCAUCUGAGAACCUUCACUUUUUUACUCUCCGGGAUUCGACAGCCUCAGUGCAGCUUGUCUCGCGCCAAUCUGAGGUUUCCAAAAUCCUCAUGGACCUCCCUCUGGAAAGUGUCAUUCAAAUUCACGGGAAGGUCAAACCUCGAAAGGCCAAAGGGAAAGCAGAGAUGAGUGAGAGGAGAGAGGUUGUUGAUGUCGAGGUGGAGGUGUUAGCGGUGAUUGUACUUAAUCCUGCUGAGGAACUCCCUUUUUAUCCCAGUAGAGGGGAGAUAGCCAACGAAGAUUUACGAGCUCAAUAUCGAUACCUCGAUCUUCGAAGACCCGAACUCUCCAACAAUCUCAAACUUCGGAGUCGUGUUUCGCAUAUCAUCAGGUCUUAUUUGCAUGACCUAGGCUUCACAGAAGUCGACACCCCAAUUCUACUCCAAUCUUCCCCUGAAGGCGCACGGGAAUUCCUCGUCCCUACUCGUAAUCCGUCACCCACCGGAGACCCCACAUUCUACGCCCUACAGCAAUCUCCUCAACAACCCAAACAACUAUUGAUGGCUUCCGGAGCCAUUGAUCGAUACUUCCAAAUCGCGCGCUGUUUCCGAGAUGAAGACGGACGGAAAGAUCGACAACCGGAAUUCACGCAGGUUGAUUUAGAAAUGGCUUUUGUGAACGGAGGACAGAUGUAUGUGGAAGGAGAGACACGAAGUACUUGGGGUAUGGGUGGGCAGGAAGUACGGGAUGUGGUAGAAGGUUUAGUGAAACGGAUCUGGAAGGAAGUAAAAGGUGAGGAAUUGGAAGGUUGGUUUAGGGUCAUGCCUUAUGACGUUGCCAUGGAUGUGUAUGGCUCAGAUAAACCGGAUACGAGGUUUGAAAUGUAUACGCUACCUCUAGGGUAUUACCCCACUCUCUCGGAUGGCGAUAUCGAUCGUAUACUUCUGGACGAAAGUCAGUACACAGUGGAAUGGAUGAUCACACCUGCACAGCAAGCCGAAUCGCUGGACAUCGCGUCUUUGGUCGGAACCAACAGUUUUAUCGAUCAUGUGAAGAUAUCAAAUGCCAAUCUUUUCACGUGGCAUAAAGAGUCACCUUUGACCCAGAGGCUGAACCUUCGAUUGGACCCGAGUUUACCGGGAGGAGUGGGGGUAGGGGAUAUCAUCUGGCUAGCUCAGAGGAAGAAAAUACCAGAGGGAGGUUGGACGCAACUUGGCAGAUUACGAGUGACUAUAAUGGACAUGUUAGUUUCGAAAGGGAUCAUCACACUCCCAUCCACUCCCCAUUUCCUAUGGAUCACACAAUUCCCUUUAUUCACACAUGCAGACGAAGAUAAACUUCAUCUUUCUAAAGGAAGAUGGAGUAGCACCCAUCAUCCAUUCACCGCCCCAUUAUUCGAAGAUCUUUCGGAUCUCAAAGCGGGCAAAGUGGAUAAAGUCAGGGGACAACAUUACGAUUUAGUUUUGAAUGGUCAAGAGAUUGGUGGAGGUAGUGUUAGGAUACAUGAUUCGUAUUUACAGGAAUACGUUUUGAGAGAGGUUUUGAAAUUGAACCAAGAUGAAAUCUCAAGAUUUUCUCAUUUACUUCAAGCUCUUAAAUUUGGUGCUCCUCCGCAUGGCGGGAUAGCUCUGGGUUUCGACCGUCUCGUCGCCAUUUUAGCAGGGACAAACUCUAUUCGAGACGUUAUCGCGUUUCCUAAAACUGGUACGGGACAAGAUCCAGUGUUCAAAAGUCCUUCGACCUCCACAGAGGAGGUAUUGAAAGAAUAUGGGUUGAUUCCUCUCAGAUCUCCUAAAAGAGCAUGA